AUGGGUGAGAAAGAACUGGAGAAAGAACCGGAGAAAAGGCUCUGUGAUGCCGCACUAAAAGGUGACGUUACCCCUCUUCAUCAGUUACUUGGAGAAGAUCCAGUUGUUCUUGAUAAAGCUGCUUUGAACUGCGAGGAUAAGAAUCCUCUACACAUAGCAGCAAUGUUGGGCCAUGCAGAUUUUGUAAAAGCAAACUUACAAGUUCAAUCUGCUUAUUUUUUGUGCUUGGCCCGUGAUCGAGAAGGCAGAAACCCUUUACAUCUUGCUGCCAUUUAUGGCAGAUUGACAGUCUUGCAAGUGCUGCUUGAUGCCGGAUUUGAAGCCGCUGUGGAGAAGACAGAUGGGGAAGAGACCAUUUUGCAUUUGUGUGUCAAAUAUAAUCAGCUAGAGGCCUUGAAGGUGCUAGUCAACCGAUUAAAAGAUACACAGCUUCCGAAGGGCAGAAGUGAGGAUGCUGCUUACUUUUUGUGCUUGGCCCGUGAUGGAAAUGGCAGAAACCCCAUACAUCUUGCUGCCAUGUAUGGCAGAUUGGCAGUUUUGCAAGAGCUACUUGAUGCCGGAUUUCAAGCAGCUCUGGAGAAGACAGACGAGGGAGGGACCAUUUUGCAUUUAUGUGUCAAGUAUAAUCAGCUGGAGGCCUUGAAGAUGCUAGUCGACAUCUCAAAAGAUGUAUGGUUUCAGAACGCCAAAAAUGAGGAUGGAAUGACCAUAUUACACAUGGCCAUAUACUAUCGUCAAAACCAGACGAUCAAAUACUUGCUUGAUAGCUCCCAAGUUUGGGUGAAACAGCAGGAUGCAAAAGGCAGAAAUGCUUUAUCACUUUUGCGGGGUCAAGAGAACUUCGAUACCGAAAUUGAAAGCUCUCUUACGUCGAUCGGUGCCAUUACAGGAGGCCGCGACCCAGGAGAGUACCAGGUGAUGCUCAAAGAGAGAAGUAAUGCAAUGAUGGUAGUGCUCUCACUCAUAGCAACCAUGGCCUUUCAAGCUGUGUGGGUUCAUCGGGUUUCCUUUGAGGUCAGUGUGGGUGUGAGACUUAUACUGGCAGUACCUCAUUUAAGCCUAAUGGCUGAAGACAUUGUGGAUAUUCUGCAAAGUUUUAAUCUCUCGAACAAGGAGCUGCAAGUAACAGAGAUGGGAGGAGAGCUAUCCUUAGGUAUCAAGGAGUGUCAAGCAGUUUGUUAG